ACCGCAGCCAUGGCCGACACUUUGAGGAGAUUGACCAACACAUCUUCGUUCAGCGUGUUGCAGGACAAACUAGAGAGCUGGCACAAGGACUACCAUGUGAUUUCCUGUGACCAGAAUUUGAACAGAUGUUGCGAGCUGAUUGAACUCACGGCCAAGAUUCAGGGCCAGCUGUUUGCUAUUCUUAACCUCACAGCUGCAGAAGGUGGUCAGUAUGCCGGAGUGGACACUCUCAAAACUCGACUGCUACCAUGGCUUGGAACCUGCUUCUCGAUGGCAAGGCCAACAGUGACUGAUGACACUAGUCUGCAGCUAAUCCAGGAUUCAGUGGAAAAAGACAGAAAGAUCAAGGAGCUCUCUGUGUCCCAUGAGAGUGACAUGCAGAAGAUGGAGACUCAACUUUGCUCUACUCGUAUCCAGCUGGACUCAAUCAGAGCAGAACUAAUCGAUGCUCAGAAGGAACUUGAUGAGACAAGGAGCAAAUCAGCAUCCACUCUUUUUGCCUCUGAAGAUGAAAUACUCCAACUAAGAACAGAUUUGCGAUCAGCACAUGAGCAGGUGGACCUAUAUAAGAGGAAGCUGGAGGUUAUUGAUGACUACGAACGUCAAAUUCGUUUGCUAAGAGACGAAGUGUCUUACCUGACAACAGAGAAGGCAAUGCUGCAGGAGAGGUUGGUGAGAAGUCGUUCUCCGAGCCCUUCGCCCAGGCUCAGCCGCUCAUGCAGCCCCAUGAGGAGUGAGUCCCCCACCAGGGCCCAGCUCACCAACUCCUCUCGCCACGCUCGCCUUGUAUCCCGCUUCAGUGACCUCUACGCUGUGGAGCGUUUGGAGGCCCAAAGCCUGCUCCGACGCUACAUCGCUGACCUGGACAUGGUCCAGAAAAUCAUCUUCAUUGCUGUUGUGGAGUCGUUUAAGACAGCAAAACUGGCUUACCGACAGUUCAAGCUGCGAGUGAAAAAAACCUUGUCUGCAACCCACUUUGGGCCAGAGAGUCUGGAAGAUGCAGCCGUGGACUACAUUGUGAGAAACCUGGACCUCUACGAUGUCCAGGCCAGCGUCAAUGACGUGAUCAGUGCCAUGAAUGUGAACCCUCGGAUCUCCUUCCCACCAGAAGUGGACUUUGUCCUCAUCAGCACCUUGAUCAGGGAGGCGUGCAGAGUGGCCUUUGCCAUGCAGACACUGGACCCACCGCUUGACCUGGCCUUUGCAAGUGAUGGCGAGCUAUACAAUGACAGCAAGUACCGUCGCAGCUAUGACUCGGAGUUCACAGCCCCUCUGGUGAUCUAUCAUGUUUGGCCAGCUCUGGCUGAAGGGACCAACGUAGUGGUGAAAGGCGAAGCAGUGACACGAAGAGGCGUCCUGUGGAGUAGAAGCCAAAGCAGCAGGAGCACCAGCCCUGUGCGCUCUCGGUCUCUCAGUCCAACUCGUAGUCUUGUAUUUAACAGCAGAAGAAGUCUGUCUCCUCAGCGCCUCAAAGCGAGCCACCUGUGA